AUGGACCACGAAUACUGCAAACUGUCCAACGAAGAUAAUGACCACAAUGGACUCGAGACUGGUUCAAAUACACAUUACUGCAGCUACCUCAGUCAUAUAGGUUUAAAAGUACUUCGACUCUGCAUCGAGCUCGGUAUUCUUAUCGCAGCCGUUCUGAUUCUGAUGUCGCAGAGGCAGACUGUUCAAUCCAUGGACCACAAUCAUGAUUCAUUUUCCACUAGAAGUAUACUUUUCCAACCGCAAAUGCAAUACAUGAACAACAACACAUUCAGCAGUAAGAUUAAUUUGGACAAGGCACUGCGCGAAUGGACUCCGCUGUCUACGAGCUCGCGCGGCAUUAUCUUCAUUGAUUCAGGAGAGAAACCCAAUCUUCCCAAGCCUUAUCAGUCCGACAACGAGGAGUAUAAUCUCACUACUAGCUCUGAAUCUGUGCCAUUUUAUAUCAUGUCAGUCUUUCAUCAGCUCCACUGUUUGUCUCAGCUUGCCGCAACCUUUGGAAUGGUCUACCUUGGCGAAUGGGAGCCGGAUAUGACUCAUGUCGCCCACUGCUUUGACUAUCUCAGACAAGCAAUACUAUGUGCAGGGGACACUACUAUAGAAGGCUCAUCGGAGUAUGGCGACGGUUGGGGGUCUGUGCAUCAGUGUCAAGACAUGGACGAGAUCCGGACUUGGACAGAAGAUCGUUCAACUCUGGGUUGGCUAGAUUUCGGUGACAUUCUCUAA